CCCCUUUGACCCUUCGCUCGCGUGCUACACAUCCGGGCCUCUGCUACUAGUGAGAGGAAGAUGGCGGCCGCGGCUGUGGUGGUUCCCGCAGAGUGGAUAAAGAACUGGGAGAAAUCAGGGAGAGGCGAAUUUUUGCAUUUAUGUCGGAUCCUCAGUGAAAAUAAAAGCCAUGAUAGUUCGACGUAUAGAGAUUUCCAGCAAGCUCUCUAUGAGUUGUCAUAUCAUGUAAUUAAAGGAAAUCUAAAGCAUGAACAGGCAUCUAAUGUUCUUAAUGACAUUAGUGAAUUUCGUGAGGAUAUGCCCUCCAUUCUUGCUGAUGUAUUCUGCAUAUUAGAUAUUGAGACAAAUUGUUUAGAAGAAAAAAGCAAGAGAGACUAUUUUACACAGUUGGUAUUAGCAUGUUUGUAUUUAGUUUCAGACACAGUUUUAAAGGAACGCCUGGAUCCAGAAACACUGGAAUCAUUAGGGCUUAUCAAACAAUCACAGCAAUUCAAUCAAAAGUCAGUUAAAAUCAAGACAAAACUCUUUUAUAAGCAGCAAAAAUUCAAUUUGUUAAGAGAAGAGAAUGAAGGUUAUGCCAAGCUGAUUGCCGAAUUGGGGCAAGAUUUAUCUGGAAGUAUUACUAGUGACUUAAUCUUAGAAAAUAUCAAAUCUUUAAUAGGAUGCUUUAAUCUGGAUCCCAAUAGAGUUUUGGAUGUCAUUUUAGAAGUGUUUGAAUGCAGGCCAGAACACGACGACUUCUUUAUAUCUUUGUUAGAAUCUUACAUGAGUAUGUGUGAACCGCAAACACUGUGUCAUAUUCUUGGGUUCAAAUUCAAGUUUUACCAGGAACCAAAUGGCGAGACACCAUCAUCUUUAUACAGAGUUGCAGCAGUACUUCUGCAAUUCAAUCUUAUUGAUUUAGAUGAUCUUUAUGUACAUCUUCUUCCAGCUGAUAAUUGCAUUAUGGAUGAACACAAACGAGAAAUUGCAGAAGCUAAGCAAAUUGUUAGAAAGCUUACGAUGGUUGUGUUGUCUUCUGAAAAAAUGGAUGAGCGAGAGAAAGAAAAGGAAAAAGAAGAGGAGAAAGUAGAGAAGCCACCUGAUAACCAAAAACUUGGCUUGUUGGAAGCCUUAUUAAAGAUCGGUGAUUGGCAACAUGCACAGAACAUUAUGGAUCAGAUGCCUCCAUACUAUGCAGCUUCACACAAGCUAAUAGCCCUUGCUAUUUGCAAGCUCAUUCAUAUAACUAUUGAGCCUCUCUACCGAAGAGUUGGUGUUCCUAAAGGUGCUAAAGGCUCACCUGUUAAUGCUUUGCAAAACAAGAGGGCACCGAAACAAGCUGAGAGCUUUGAAGAUUUGAGGAGAGACGUGUUCAAUAUGUUCUGUUACCUUGGUCCUCACCUUUCUCACGAUCCCAUUUUAUUUGCAAAAGUGGUGCGCAUAGGCAAGUCAUUUAUGAAGGAGUUUCAGUCUGAUGGAAGCAAACAAGAAGAUAAAGAAAAAACGGAAGUUAUCCUUAGCUGUUUGCUUAGCAUUACUGACCAGGUACUACUUCCAUCUCUUUCUUUGAUGGACUGCAAUGCUUGUAUGUCUGAGGAACUAUGGGGAAUGUUUAAAACAUUUCCAUAUCAGCAUAGAUACCGUCUGUAUGGCCAGUGGAAGAAUGAAACUUAUAACAGUCACCCACUUUUAGUAAAAGUUAAAGCUCAAACAAUAGACAGAGCCAAAUAUAUCAUGAAGCGCCUAACCAAGGAAAAUGUGAAGCCUUCUGGAAGACAAAUUGGGAAGUUGAGCCACAGCAAUCCAACCAUUUUGUUUGAUUAUAUCUUGUCACAAAUACAGAAGUAUGAUAACUUAAUAACACCUGUAGUAGAUUCAUUGAAAUACCUCACUUCAUUGAAUUAUGAUGUCUUGGCCUAUUGUAUCAUUGAAGCUUUAGCUAAUCCAGAAAAGGAAAGAAUGAAACAUGAUGACACAACCAUCUCAAGCUGGCUUCAGAGUCUGGCUAGUUUCUGUGGUGCAGUUUUUCGUAAAUAUCCAAUUGAUCUUGCUGGUCUUCUUCAGUAUGUUGCCAAUCAGCUAAAGGCGGGCAAAAGUUUUGACCUGCUUAUAUUGAAAGAAGUGGUGCAAAAAAUGGCAGGAAUAGAAAUUACAGAGGAAAUGACAAUGGAGCAACUAGAGGCUAUGACUGGUGGAGAGCAGCUAAAAGCUGAGGGUGGUUAUUUUGGUCAGAUCAGAAACACUAAAAAAUCCUCUCAGAGAUUAAAGGAUGCUCUAUUGGACCAUGAUCUUGCCCUUCCUCUCUGUCUGCUUAUGGCUCAGCAGAGAAAUGGGGUAAUCUUUCAGGAAGGUGGAGAGAAACAUUUGAAACUUGUGGGAAAGCUCUAUGACCAGUGUCAUGAUACCCUGGUGCAGUUUGGUGGGUUUUUAGCAUCUAAUCUGAGCACAGAAGAUUAUAUAAAGCGAGUGCCUUCAAUUGAUGUACUCUGUAAUGAAUUUCAUACACCCCAUGAUGCAGCAUUUUUCCUGUCUAGGCCAAUGUAUGCGCAUCAUAUUUCGUCAAAGUAUGAUGAACUUAAAAAAUCAGAAAAGGGAAGUAAACAGCAACAUAAAGUUCAUAAGUACAUUACAUCAUGUGAGAUGGUGAUGGCGCCUGUUCAUGAAGCAGUGGUCUCCUUACAUGUUUCCAAAGUCUGGGAUGACAUCAGCCCUCAAUUCUAUGCCACAUUCUGGUCAUUGACAAUGUAUGACCUUGCAGUUCCACACACCAGCUAUGAACGAGAAGUCAAUAAACUUAAAGUCCAGAUGAAAGCAAUUGAUGACAAUCAGGAAAUGCCCCCAAAUAAAAAGAAAAAAGAGAAGGAGCGCUGUACUGCCCUUCAGGACAAGCUUCUUGAAGAAGAAAAGAAACAGAUGGAACAUGUACAGAGAGUUCUGCAGAGAUUGAAACUGGAAAAGGACAACUGGCUUUUAGCAAAAUCUACCAAAAAUGAGACCAUCACAAAAUUUCUACAGCUGUGUAUAUUUCCUCGAUGUAUUUUUUCAGCAAUUGAUGCUGUUUACUGUGCUCGUUUUGUUGAAUUGGUACAUCAACAGAAAACUCCAAAUUUUUCCACACUUCUUUGCUAUGAUCGAGUUUUCUCUGACAUAAUUUACACAGUUGCAAGCUGUACUGAAAAUGAAGCCAGUCGAUAUGGAAGGUUUCUGUGCUGCAUGUUAGAGACUGUGACCAGGUGGCAUAGUGAUAGAGCCACAUAUGAAAAGGAAUGUGGAAACUAUCCAGGAUUCCUUACCAUAUUACGGGCAACUGGUUUUGAUGGUGGAAAUAAGGCUGAUCAAUUAGACUAUGAAAAUUUUCGACAUGUUGUACAUAAAUGGCAUUACAAACUAACCAAGGCAUCGGUACAUUGCCUUGAAACAGGCGAAUAUACUCACAUCAGGAAUAUCUUGAUUGUGCUAACAAAAAUACUUCCUUGGUACCCAAAAGUUUUGAAUCUGGGUCAAGCUUUGGAAAGAAGAGUACACAAAAUCUGCCAAGAAGAAAAAGAGAAGAGGCCAGAUCUAUAUGCAUUGGCUAUGGGCUACUCUGGGCAGUUGAAAAGUAGAAAGUCAUACAUGAUACCUGAAAAUGAGUUUCAUCACAAAGACCCCCCUCCGAGGAAUGCAGUUGCCAGUGUGCAAAAUGGGCCUGGUGGUGGGCCUUCUUCAUCAUCAAUAGGAAGUGCAUCUAAAUCGGAUGAAAGCAGUACUGAGGAGACUGAUAAAUCAAGGGAGAGAUCUCAGUGUGGUGUGAAAGCUGUUAAUAAAGCUUCUAGUACCACACCUAAAGGGAAUUCAAGCAAUGGAAAUAGUGGCUCUAACAGCAACAAAGCUGUUAAAGAAAAUGACAAAGAAAAAGGGAAAGAGAAAGAAAAAGAGAAAAAAGAAAAGACUCCAGCUACUACUCCAGAGGCCAGGGUACUUGGUAAAGAUGGUAAAGAAAAACCAAAGGAAGAGCGGCCAAAUAAAGAUGAAAAAGCAAGAGAGACCAAGGAAAGAACGCCAAAGUCAGACAAAGAGAAAGAAAAAUUCAAGAAGGAAGAAAAAGCUAAAGAUGAGAAAUUUAAGACCACUGUCCCCAACGCAGAAUCAAAAUCAACUCAAGAAAGGGAAAGAGAGAAGGAGCCAUCCAGAGAAAGAGAUAUAGCAAAGGAAAUGAAAUCAAAGGAAAAUGUUAAAGGAGGAGAAAAAACACCAGUUUCUGGGUCCUUGAAAUCACCUGUUCCCCGAUCAGAUAUUCCAGAGCCUGAAAGGGAACAAAAACGCCGCAAAAUUGAUACCCACCCUUCUCCAUCACAUUCCUCCACAGUAAAGGUUACAGCCAUACUUCCCAAAGUUCCUCUGGGUUCUGAGAACUAUGCCAGCUCACCUGUCAUCUCCAUUCAUUUUCUACAGGACAGUCUCAUCGAACUCAAGGAAUCUUCAGCAAAGCUCUACAUUAAUCAUACUCCUCCACCAUUGUCCAAGAGUAAGGAGAGAGAAAUGGACAAGAAAGAUUUGGACAAGUCAAGGGAAAGAUCCAGAGAAAGAGAGAAAAAAGAUGAAAAGGACAGGAAAGAGCGGAAAAGGGAUCACUCAAACAACGACCGUGAAGUGCCACCGGACUUAACCAAGCGACGUAAAGAGGAGAAUGGAACAAUGGGGGUUUCAAAACAUAAAAGUGAAAGUCCUUGUGAAUCUCCUUAUCCAAAUGAGAAAGACAAGGAAAAAAAUAAGUCAAAAUCUUCAGGCAAAGAAAAAGGCAGUGAUUCAUUUAAAUCUGAGAAGAUGGAUAAAAUCUCCUCCGGUGGCAAAAAGGAGUCCAGGCAUGAUAAAGAAAAGAUAGAAAAGAAAGAGAAACGGGACAGUUCAGGAGGAAAGGAAGAGAAGAAACAUCAUAAGUCCUCGGACAAGCACAGAUAAUGAAGACUUUCCAUCAAGGCUAUGGACAGACCCCCUAAGCUGAAAGUCUCCCAGAGGAGGAUGCCAAAGCUCCGUGCGUCACUCUCAGAACGAUAUCUCCCAUAAUUAAGAGCUUCUGGUGCUGUCCAUUUAAUGGGAAUCUGCUUUAAGUCAGAAGAUGAAUACACACCACCAUCCUCUUGACGAGACAUUCCAAAGUCACUGAUUUUCAGAACAUUAUUUUCACCUCCAGGCAGUUUCUUGCAGCAAGGUCCCUGUGUAUACAUUUUUUACUCGAGAUACGCCACCCAGAAUCAGCAUCUAAUGAAAAUUUCACUAACUGAGUUUUAGUUCAUUCUUCUUUCUCAGAAAGGAGAGGAAAUCGCCUCCUGGAACCAGUUCCUUAAUGAUGUAGAUAGGCCGUCUUUGUGUGCGAACUCCUAUACAUUUGACAGUACUGGGAUGAUUAUAUUGCUUGAGGAUUUUGGCUUCUAGUAAAAAUUUUAAUUUCAGUUCCUGGGGAAGAUGUUCUUGACAUGUUUUAACAGCAACAGCAAUUUUAUCCUUUAAUGUGCCCUUAAAUGUGUCACCAAAAUGUCCCUUGCCAAGUAAUUCUUGUAAUGUGACACCUUUAUGAUUGAGAGCCCAUUUCUUAUUCUCCUAGUUAUGACCACACUGUGAUACUAUGAUGCUCUUAAUUGGAACAUUGACUUUUUUUGCAAUUUAAACAAUUGGGAUAAAAUUCAUAUAACUUCAAAUUUGCCUUUUACUUUUAUUUUAUUUUAUUUUAUUUUAUUUUUUUUGAGACCAAGUCUCGCUCUUGUCUCCCAUGCUGGAGUGCAGUGGCGCGAUCUCGGCUCACUGCAACCUCUGCCUCCUUCCUGGGUUGAAGCAAUUCUCCUUCCUCAGCCUCCUGAGUAGCUGGGACUACAGGCGUGCACCACCACGCCUGGCUAAUUUUUGUAUUUUUAGUAGAGAUAAGGGUUUCACCAUGUUAGCCAGGAUGGUCUCGAUCUCCUGACCUGGUGAUCCACCCGCCUUGGCCUCCCAAAGUGUUGGGAUUACAGGCGUGAGCCACCACGCCCGGCCUCAAAUUUGCCAUUUUAAAGUGUACAAUUCAGUGGUUUUUAGUAUAUCCACUGUGUUGUGCAAGCAUCACUGCUGUCUAAUUCCGGAACAUUUCUAUCACCCCAAAAAGAAACUCCUUGCCUAUUAGCAGUCACUCCCAAUUCUUCCCUUCCUCAGCCCCUGGAAAUCAGUAAUGUGCUUUCUGUUUCUAUGAUUUUGCCUGUUUUGGACAUUUCAUUUAAAUGGAAUUAUGCAAUAAUUUGUGGCCUUUUGUGUUUGGCUUUCACUUAGCAUCAUGUUCUCAAGGCUCAUCCAUGUUGUGGCAUGUAUCAACUCCAUUCCUUUUUAUGGCUAAAUGAUAUUUCAUUGUAUGAGUGUGUACCACAUUUUAUUUAUCCAUUCAGCAAUUAAUGGACAGGAACAAUGGCUUUUAAGUAUUAAAUUGUAAGUUCAACAUUAAAUGUAUCCACAGUUAUUGAUAAUGUCAAGAUUAUACAUGGUGUGAACAGAAUGCUGUGUAGAAAUGAUAUGUAAAUUAUUUGUCAGCAUUUCAUGUAAGUGUGAUUAUUUUCUAAGGACCCUUCUAGCCCUGGUUUUAAGAAAUAUGUGAAUGUAGUAUUUUCAUCAAUAAAGUUUAAUGCAUUAAGCAUUAGCUUAAAAUUUGAAUGAAGGCAGAUGUGAAGAUAUUUGCCACAUGUUGUAAUAAUCAUGUUUUGAAAUUAUUUCAAUAUGAAGUAUUUGAAAAAUGUCAAUACAUAAAGGAAAUGAGUAUAAUUAAGUCAAUAUAUUUUUAAAGCAAUUUUUAUAAUUUAGCAGACACUGCAUCUUAAUAUAAGUUACUAUUAAAAUUGUGUCCUUGUGAAAAAUGUGAUGUCAUUUUUCUUUUUUUGUUGAUCAUGUAGAAUAGGUUACUUUUCUUUGCUACAUUUUCUAUUUACUUUUGAUAAGCUAUUGCUUGCCCCUGUGGAAAGUUUUACUUGUUGCUCCAUUUUUUUCUCCCUACCCCCACCCCUCUCUCCCACAUGCACACAAUGUUCAGUUUUUUUUUUUUAAGUCAUCAUUAGUGUGUUUAUCUUUAAUGAUUUCUAAGAAUGGACAAAAAGAAACACAAAUAUUUCAUCCUUUUCUGGGGACUCAAGUCUUUGUUACUGAUGGAACUCAUUAACUUUUCUUUCUUUCUUAAAUCUUCCUCCCUCCUUACCUUCUUCCUUCCUUCUCCUCUUCUUUCUCCCCUCCCUCCCUCCUUUCAUUCUCCUUCUCUCCUUCUCCCUUCCUUUUCUCCUACCUCCUUUGACUAACCCUCCCUCCCCUACUCCCUCCUUUCCUUCCUUCCUUCUUCUCUAUCAAUAUAAUCACUUUGUUUCUUUCAGGUGAGAUUGGAGUGGAACUGUUCAGCUGCGACCAGAAAUUUAUUUUCCUGAGUAAAUUGCCAAGAAUUAAGAAUGAAGAGGGCCAUUUGCAUCUCCUUAAAUUAUUCAGUUAUCUGCUUUAUUGCUCCAUGUGGAAAACUUAAAAUUGUUACGUUGUGCAUUACUGUAUUUUAACUUGUUGCUUAGUUUCUACAUGUUUAUUUUCAGUAAUGGCUGAAAGUGUUAACUGUUCCAUACUUAUAGCACAAUGUGCUGCAUAAGGUUACCUGUGUACAGAGUUUUACUUUAGUUUAACUAAAUAUCGCCUGGGUUCAGUUUUUAUUUCCAUUCUGAAAUGCUUCCUUUUUAUUGAUUGAAACUGAAAAUAAACAACUGUUGAACCAUUUUGAUUUUACCUCAUUUUAAAACUCAGUUUUAAUUUAUUAUUUGGCUUGUUCUUAAUAUUAGUCACUAAAAGAAGUGGGAGCAUUGUCUUAUGAAAUGCUUAGGAAUCAUUUUAUAUAUUACAUGUACAACAUUAAACGUGUUUAAAAAAGAAAAAGGUACCAGCGCUCACUUGUCCCUUGCCAUUUUUUCUUGUAAUUAUCUUAGACAAAUCUUGGCGGUGGGGGGAUCAAAACAUAAUUGUUUUAAUUCUACAGCUAUAGGAGCUUUGUAUUGCUAAACUUUCGUCUGGAAAAGUUUCACAGUGACAUUUUUAAAAGAGAAUUUUUUUAUCUACCGAAUUCUACCAGUGUAACCUUUUUUCUAAAUAAACAAUAGUUUUCUCAAA